GGCGCCCUCCUCCUCCGCGGGGCUGAGUGGACAGGCCUGGGCCCUGGGCCCGCCCCGACGCUCCGCAGACUGUGCCACCCGGCGUGGAGGACGGGGUCCGCUCCGGUGGGCCGAGCGCGAGGCCGGAGUCCUGGGAGGCUGCGGCUGGGCUGAGCACUGCGGAGGGCCGUUGGUUUAUCCCAGAUCCCGGUCGCGCGGCGGCCAGGCUCGUGGGGCGCGCGGACCGAAGCGGGCACCAGGAGCCGCAGCGCGCCGCCUUCCCCUGGUGGGAGCGGUACUUGGGCCCGACUGCCGCGGAGCGUUCGCUCGGAGAUGGCGGAGCCGCCGCGACGCGGCCCGAGGCCCCGCGAGCAGGGAAGCCGGGCGGCCCCGGGACGCGGCGGGGCCCGGGGACAGCGGGGACGCCGCCCACUCCAUCGGGUAUGAAGCUAAAAUACAGUGGUUACAACACAGGAGUUUGACAGACCUGACCUUUGAAUCCCAGUUCAUCCACAAACGGGGCUUUGUAAUCUUGGAUUGUAAGGGCCUGGCUUGUGGACUUCACUGCCGUCCGAUGUAAGAACCUCCACUGGGGCUGAGGGAGCUCAAGUUUAAGCAUGAGGCAUGGGCCAGGGGCCAUGGUGACCUGAGACCCGUGGAUUCUGUCCAGUACACCCUGUUGCUCCUUCUGCCUCCCCUCUCCUGUAUUGAAAGCGUUUGCAUUCAUCUCAUCAGGGAACUGACCCUAAGAGAAUUUCUUCCCCUGCUGAGACAGUUCCAGUCCACAGAACUCAUCCUUCCCAUCUCCUGAGGUGGUCCCUAUCCCUCCUUCCCUUCUUCUCGCCAUGCUCCAGCUGUGGAAGGUGGUACGCCCUGCUCGGCAACUGGAACUGCACCGCCUCAUACUGCUGCUGAUUGGUUUCAGUCUUGUCUCCAUGGGAUUCCUGGCUUACUACGUGUCCACCAGCCCCAAGGCCAAGGAACCCUUGCCUCUGCCCUUGGGAGACUGUAGUAGCAGUGGGGCAGCUGGCCCUGGCCCUGCAAGGCCACCAGUCCCACCUCGGCCCCCAAGGCCUCCAGAAACAACUCGAACAGAACCUGUGGUCCUUGUGUUUGUGGAAAGUGCGUACUCACAACUGGGGCAGGAGAUUGUGGCCAUCUUGGAGUCUAGUCGCUUUCGUUACAGCACAGAGCUAGCACCUGGCCGAGGGGAUAUGCCCACAUUGACUGAUCAUACUCAUGGCCGCUAUGUCUUAGUCAUCUAUGAGAACCUUCUAAAGUAUGUCAACUUGGAUGCCUGGAGUCGAGAACUGCUAGACCGGUACUGUGUGGAGUAUGGUGUGGGCAUUAUUGGCUUUUUCCGAGCCCAUGAGCAUAGCCUACUGAGUGCCCAACUUAAGGGCUUUCCCCUUUUCCUACACUCAAACUUGGGGCUCCGGGACUACCAAGUGAAUCCUUCUGCUCCUCUUCUACAUCUCACCCGCCCUAGCCGCUUGGAGCCAGGACCACUGCCUGGUGAUGACUGGACCAUCUUCCAGUCCAACCACAGCACCUAUGAGCCUGUGCUUAUUGCCAGCCAUCGGCCAGCUGAGCUUUCUAUGCCGGGACCAGUUCUUCGGCGAGCCCGGCUCCCCACCGUGGUGCAGGACUUAGGGCUUCAUGAUGGCAUACAGCGGGUGCUGUUUGGCCAUGGCCUUUCUUUUUGGCUUCACAAACUUGUUUUUGUUGAUGCUGUUGCAUACCUCACUGGAAAGCGCCUCUGCCUGGACCUUGACCGCUACAUCUUAGUAGACAUUGAUGACAUCUUUGUGGGCAAAGAAGGUACUCGCAUGAAGGUGGCUGAUGUUGAGGCUUUGUUGACCACUCAGAACAAACUCAGGACCUUAGUCCCCAACUUCACCUUCAACCUGGGCUUCUCGGGCAAGUUCUAUCAUACUGGGACAGAAGAGGAGGAUGCAGGCGAUGACAUGCUGCUGAAGCACCGCAGAGAGUUUUGGUGGUUCCCUCACAUGUGGAGUCACAUGCAGCCACACCUCUUCCACAACCGCUCUGUGCUGGCCGAUCAGAUGAGGCUCAACAAACAGUUUGCUUUGGAGCAUGGGAUUCCUACGGAUCUGGGGUAUGCUGUGGCCCCCCACCACUCUGGCGUGUACCCCAUCCACACCCAGCUCUAUGAGGCCUGGAAGUCUGUAUGGGGCAUCCAGGUGACCAGCACUGAGGAGUACCCCCAUCUGCGCCCUGCUCGCUACCGCCGUGGCUUCAUUCACAAUGGCAUCAUGGUGCUCCCCCGGCAAACAUGUGGCCUCUUCACUCACACGAUCUUCUAUAAUGAGUAUCCUGGAGGCUCUCGUGAACUAGAUCGAAGCAUCCGAGGUGGAGAGCUCUUUCUGACAGUGCUGCUUAAUCCGAUCAGUGUCUUUAUGACCCACCUGUCAAACUAUGGAAAUGACCGGCUGGGCCUGUACACCUUUGAGAGCCUGGUGCGCUUCCUCCAGUGCUGGACACGACUGCGCCUACAGACCCUUCCUCCUGUCCCUCUUGCACAAAAGUACUUUGAACUUUUUCCUCAGGAACGAAGCCCCCUGUGGCAGAAUCCCUGUGAUGACAAGAGGCACAAAGAUAUCUGGUCCAAGGAGAAAACCUGUGAUCGACUCCCCAAGUUCCUCAUUGUGGGACCACAGAAGACAGGCACCACGGCUGUUCACUUCUUCCUGAGCCUGCACCCAGCUGUGACGAGCAGCUUCCCUAGCCCCAGCACCUUUGAGGAAAUUCAGUUCUUCAAUGGCCCUAAUUACCACAAGGGUAUCGACUGGUAUAUGGACUUCUUCCCUGUUCCUUCCAAUGCUAGCACUGACUUCCUGUUUGAAAAAAGUGCCACCUACUUUGACUCAGAGGUUGUACCACGGCGGGGAGCUGCCCUUCUGCCAAGAGCUAAGAUCAUCACUGUACUCAUCAACCCUGCUGACAGGGCCUACUCCUGGUACCAGCACCAGAGAGCACAUGGAGACCCUGUGGCUCUGAACUAUACCUUCUACCAAGUGAUUUCAGCUUCCUCUCAGGCCCCUCUGCUACUUCGCUCCUUGCAGAGCCGUUGUCUCGUUCCUGGCUACUAUUCUACUCAUCUCCAACGCUGGCUGACUUACUAUCCCUCUGGACAGUUGCUGAUUAUGGAUGGGCAGGAACUUCGUGUCAACCCAGCAGCCUCAAUGGAGAUCAUCCAGAAGUUCCUGGGUAUCACCCCCUUUCUGAACUACACGAGGACCCUCAGGUUUGAUGAAGAUAAAGGAUUUUGGUGCCAGGGGCUUGAAGGUGGUAAGACUCGCUGUCUUGGGAGAAGCAAAGGCCGGAGGUACCCAGACAUGGACAUGGAGUCUCGCCUUUUCCUUACGGACUUUUUCCGGAACCAUAACUUGGAACUAUCAAAGCUGUUGAGUCGGCUUGGCCAGCCAGCCCCCUUGUGGCUUCGGGAAGAAUUGCAGCAUUCCAGUGUGGGCUGAUGCCCCCCAGUCUUUCCAUACCAGCAGAAAGCCUGCUAACUUCACUGAGGGGCAAGCCUUAGAGCAGAGCCCACAGGGGGAUUAACGUGGCCUGGCCCCUUACCCCUCUACCUCAGUGGUCCCCCAAGAUUGGAAUGGCUGAAAAGGGAGGGGCAUCCAUCUCUUUCCCAUAGUUGUAGGGCCUAAUAAAGGGGCUCCCUUGGUACCCCACAUGGUACUAGGUACCUUUGACCUAUGAACCUGGGAGAUGAGGAAGAGAGGGUCCAGGGAAGGGGUAGAAGAAUGUAUUCAAUGGUUCCCCUCCUCAUCCCCAGCAAUCUUUCUGUCAAUGCCUACGCAUCAGAGGGCCCUUUGCUAUGGCCCCUUUAGUCAAGACAGUGGGAUCUACCUGUGGCCUGGCCUCUCUAGUGUCAUUCAUAUUGAAUGGGGAUGAGGUCAGACAGUUGCUCAUAGAGCCAUAUAUGAGCCCUAGCUGUGGGCUAGAAAUGUCCUUAAUAAACUUCCUUAUUUUUC